AUGAACGAAAACCAACUUGAUGAACUUAAUAUGUUAUCACUCACAAAGUCAAAAUCUACAACUGCUUUAAAAGAUUCCUGUGAUAAUACCAACAACAUCGAAAUCGUGACCGAUAGCGAAUCAACUGUAACAAACUAUAGUAAUGUGGGAACUGUGGGUUCUGUAUCAGAAAGUGAAAUCGUGAAACGAAAUCAGGAAAUUCAUUCGUCAACUAAUUGUAAAGAAAUCGUUAAACGAGACCAAGAAACCCAGACUACUUCGUCAUCAAAUGAUUGUAGAGAAAUCGCAUUAGAAGCUGGGAUGGAAGAAUUUGGAACUAGUUGGUCAAAAAUAUAUGACAAAUACGGAAACGACUAUGGUAUUUUACGUAAUCGUAGUCAAAUUCAACUAAAAGAUAAAGCUCGUAACGAGAAACUUCGUAGAAAAAGGUGUGGAAUCGAAAUAGGUGUUUUCGAACUUGCUUCGGGUGAUGUGGACCUGGAUGAAUAG